AUGGACUGCGGCGGCGCGCGCGAGCCUCCGCUGCGCCCUGCGCCAGCGCGCCCGCGCCGGGAGCCUGCUGCUGUCCGAGGCACGGUGCGCGCCGCCACGUGGCAUCUGCUCACAGGCGCCAAGAGGAUGCACGAGCGCCGCAUCAUCCACCGGGACAUCAAGCCCUCCAACAUUCUUGUCGACGACGAUCGCGGCGCCCGGGCGCCGUCAACAUCUGCGACUUCGGGCACGCCAUGUCCACGGACGAGCCGCCGCCGUACGAGCCAGCCGGCGCGCUGUGUUACACGGCGUCCCGAGAUGCUGCUGGGAAGCCUGUCGCCUGACUACGACGAGCGCGUCGACACCUGGUCGCUUGGUUGCGUCAUGGCGGACCUCAUCAAGGGUGGAACCCGUUCCAGGGGCUCGACGAGGAUGGCCAGCUCUGCGCGAUCUUCGACGUACUCGGCGUGCCAGACGUACGGUUGGUAA